AUGGUGAGCGCGGGGCCGGGCGGGGGGCAGCCAACACCGCCCAAAGACGAUAAGAAGAAGAAGGACGCGGGGAAAUCCGCCAAGAAGGACAAGGAUCCCGUCAAUAAGUCGGGCGGCAAGGCCAAGAAAAAGAAGUGGUCCAAGGGGAAAGUGAGAGACAAGUUGAACAACCUCGUCCUGUUCGAUAAGGCCACCUAUGAGAAGCUGUGCAAAGAGGUGCCCAACUACAAGCUCAUCACGCCGGCUGUGGUCUCAGAAAGGCUGAAGAUUCGAGGCUCUCUGGCCAGGGCUGCUCUGCAGGAGCUGCUGGGGAAAGGUUUGAUCAAACUGGUGUCUAAGCACCGAGCCCAAGUGAUCUACACCAGGAACACAAAAGGUGGAGAUGCUCCUGCUGCAGGGGAGGAUGCGUAG